AUGGAACCAGAGAAUGGUACAAGGAUUUUAGGAUUUCUUCUUCUGGGACUUUCAGAGGAACCAGAAUUGCAGCCCGUUAUGUUUGGACUCUUCCUCUCCAUGUAUCUGACAACUGUGUUUGGAAACCUGCUCAUCAUCCUGGCCAUCUGCUCUGAUUCCCACCUCCACACCCCCAUGUACUUCUUCCUCUCUAACCUGUCCUUUGUAGACAUCUGUGUUACCUCUACCACAGUCCCAAAGACACUGUCAAACAUCCGGACACAGAGCAAAGUCAUCACCUAUGCAGGUUGCAUCACCCAGAUGUACUUUUUUGUACUCUUUAUAGUGUUGGACAGCUUACUCUUGACCGUGAUGGCCUAUGACCAGUUUGUGGCCAUCUGUCACCCCCUGCACUACACGGUCAUCAUGAACCCUCGGCUCUGUGGACUGCAGGUUCUGGCGUCCUGGAUCAUGAGUGCCCUGAAUUCCUUGAUAGAAAGCUUAAUGGUGUUGUCACUGCUCUUUUGUACAGACUUGGAAAUCCCCCACUUUUUCUGUGAACUUAAUCAGAUAAUCCGCAGUGCCUGUUCUGACACCUUUCUUAAUGACAUGGUGAUGUAUUUGUCAGCUGUGCUUCUAGGUAGGGGAUGUUUCACUGGGAUCCUGUACUCUUACUUUAAGAUAGUUUCCUCCAUACGUGCAAUCUCAUCAGCUCAGGGGAAGUACAAGGCAUUUUCCACCUGUGCAUCUCACCUCUCAGUUGUCUCCUUAUUUUAUUGUAUGAGCCUUGGGGUGUACCUUAGUGCUGCUGCAACCCACAACUCACUCUCAAGUGCAACAGCCUCGGUGAUGUACACUGUGGUCACCCCCAUGCUGAACCCCUUCAUCUACAGUCUGAGGAAUAAAGACAUAAAGGGGGCUCUAAAACAAUUCUUCAGAAGGAAGAAAUAA